UUUUUCUUUUCCAUCUCUUCUUUUCAUCCCUUUGAUAGUACAAUACAAAUGAACACCCGUUAUUCUCCCUACUUUCAUUUCUAAGCUCUCAUUUCUCUUCUCAAUACUAAUACUUUCUUCCACUCUUUCAAUCAUGCAUGUGGCAAAUUCAAAAGAGAUUUGAAGAAUAGAAGAGUGGGGGAGCAAUGUUGCACAUGCGAAAGGCGAUGAUUCGCUCGACUUAGUCACGUGGUAUAACAUUACUUCCCCACUCUCUUACUUUUCUACAGAUAUUUAUUAACCGACGAACUUUGUCCACGCUAGAGUAGAGUAAUAACAACUCUGCUUGCAACUCCACUAGUCUGUUUCAGGAAAAUUUUUUUCCUGAAAACGGUUGAAGUUGUGAACGUUUAGUGGUUUAUUAGUUUAGUAGUGGUUAGAAUCGCCAUUUCAAUCGUCACGAGUGUUUUUUACAAGUUGUUGAUUUGGAUUUUUGAUCUUCAAGAAUCAAUAGUGUAAAAGAAUGGAAUUCCAACAAAAUUAUACAAAAGUUCAUUCAAAACAUAACAAUGGAAAUAAUUUUAAAAAUUAUAGACCUGGUAAAAAAGAACAUUAUUCAAAUUUUAUUUCAACUAAUUCCAAUCAAAAGUUUGUAAUACAAGUUAAUACUGAAAAAAUCGGGAAGUUAAUUGGAAAAAGUGGUAAUAAUAUAAGAGAGUUGCAAGAUAAGUCAAAAACUAAGAUUCAUGUUGACAGAUCUACUGGUAGUAGUACUACUUCAGUUACAAUCAUUGGGACCAAAGAAGCACAAAAACAGGCUAAAAUAUUAAUUGAAGAAAGUUUAAAAGAUGUUCCUAUAGAACAAAAAGAAAUAAAACCUAUAUUUCCUAUAGAGCAAAAACAAGAAGAUGAACCCAACAUUGACUUUCGCAACUUUGACUGGAAAGCAGCUAGCAAGGAAUGUGAUGAAUAUCAAAAAGAAAAAUGGUCAAAAUUUGCACCAAUUAUUAAAAACUUUUAUAAGGAACAUCCAACAGUUACAGCUAUGACGAAAGAACAGGUAGCUCACAUUAGAAAAACAAAUAAUAAUAUAGAAGUUAAACAUGUAUUUGAAGAACAAGGAAAUAAUGUAGAUCUCUUAAAAAUACCUAAUCCCAUUGAAACAUUUGAGCAAGCUUUCGAGAUAUAUCCUGAAAUACUCGAUGAAAUUAGAAAACAAAAAUUUGUUAAACCAAGUCCAAUUCAAUCACAGGCAUGGCCAAUUCUCCUUAGUGGUAGAGAUCUUAUUGGAAUAGCACAAACUGGCACAGGAAAAACUUUGGCAUUUUUACUUCCUGCAUUAAUUCAUAUCGAAGGUCAACAAAUACCUAGAGUCGAAAGAAAAGGACCAAAUGUCCUUAUUAUGGCACCAACUAGAGAACUAGCAUUACAAAUUGAAAAAGAAGUAAAUAAAUAUUCCUAUCAUGGUAUAAAAGCGGUUUGUUUAUAUGGAGGUGGAAGUCGCAAAAAACAAGUAAAUGUAGUGACCGAAGGUGUAGAAAUUGUUAUAGCAACACCUGGAAGAUUAAAUGAUCUUGUAGAGGCAAAAAUCUUAAAUAUUAGCUCAAUUACAUAUUUGGUAUUAGACGAAGCAGAUCGUAUGCUCGACAUGGGAUUUGAACCGCAAAUCAGAAAAACUUUAUUAGACAUUAGACCUGAUAGACAAACAGUAAUGACAAGUGCAACAUGGCCUCAAGGUGUUAGACGCUUAGCUCAAUCAUAUAUGAAAAAUCCAAUUCAAGUAUUUGUAGGAUCUCUUGAUUUAGCUACAGUGCAUACUGUUAUGCAAAAAGUUUAUAUUGUUGACGAAGAAGAGAAAACUGAUAUGAUGUACGAGUUUUUUCGUAAAAUGUCUCCGAAUGAUAAAGUUAUCAUAUUUUUUGGAAAAAAAACUAAAGUUGAUGAUGUAGCAAGUGACUUAGCUUUACAAAGUGUUAAUUGUCAAAGCAUACACGGGGGAAGAGAACAGUCAGAUCGUGAACAAGCAUUAGAAGACUUAAAAACCGGUGAAGUACAAAUUUUAUUAGCCACAGAUGUUGCCAGUAGAGGCAUUGAUAUAGAGGACAUUACACAUGUGUUAAAUUAUGACUUUCCGAGAGAUAUAGAAGAAUACGUUCAUCGAGUUGGUCGCACUGGUCGUGCAGGACGCAGUGGGGAAAGUAUUACCUUCAUGACCAGGAAAGAUUGGACACACGCAAAGGAUCUAAUUAAUAUUUUAGAAGAAGCAAACCAAGAAGUACCUGAAGAGUUAUAUCAAAUGGCCGAGCGUCAUAAAGCAUGGAAAGGAAAACGAGCGAAUGAUAAACACUUUGAACGAGUAGAUAAAUAUGAUUAUAAUCGUUCGUCAAGAAACAGAAGAUGGUAGUUCCUAUUUGUUAUUUAUAAGUAUGUUUCUGACAAUUCUUAAAUUAAUCAUUAUUAUAAAAACUA